AUCUACGAAGAUCGGAUUACAAGAUGGCGGUCUGUGGACGUUAGCGAGGAGGCCGUUAGAGUUGUUGUGCUUUCUUUGAAUUUUACUGUUUUAUUAGCAGGCCUUCUACUAAAACCCUUUAUGUGGUAGACGUAAUAUGUUUAUGAACUAGGCAAAAAAAAUAAUUAUAUAACUGCUGCCGUAAACUUUCAUUAGACGUGCAUGUUUUAUAACAUGCAGGUGGGAAAAAAGUUAACAGGUCGAGGAAAACACUAGACAGGGCGAGCUGAUAGCCUGUUAGCUCAGACUCGGUUAACCAUGUCGGACACUCGGCGGCGGGUGAAAGUGUACACCCUGAACGAAGACCGACAAUGGGAUGACCGGGGCACCGGACACGUUUCGUCCACAUUUGUGGAACGACUGAAGGGAAUUUCGUUAUUAGUUCGAGCCGAAUCUGACGGUUCAUUAUUGUUGGAGUCGAAGAUAAGUCCGAAUACCGCAUAUCAGAAACAACAGGACACACUGAUUGUCUGGUCAGAAGCAGAUAAUUAUGACCUUGCCUUAAGUUUCCAGGAAAAGGCCGGCUGUGAUGAGAUCUGGGAGAAGAUUUGUCAGGUUCAAGGCAAGGACCCUGCUCUGGAUAUCACCCAGGACCCUAUCGACGAGUCCGAAGAAGACCACUUCGAAGAGAUCCCAGAGACGACCCACCUGGUCGAGCUGCCGCCCUGCGAGUUAGGCCGGCUCGAAGAAAUCGCCGACCUGGUCACGUCCGUCUUGUCCUCGCCCAUCCGGAGGGAGAAACUCGCCCUGGCGCUGAUGAGCGAGGGCUACAUCAAGAAACUCCUGGGCCUCUUCAGAGUGUGCGAGGACCUGGACAACCGGGAAGGCCUGCACCACCUCUACGAGAUCGUGCGUGGCGUCUUGUUCCUCAACAAAGCGGCCCUGUUCGAGGUGAUGUUCUCGGACGACUGCAUCAUGGACGUGGUGGGUUGUCUGGAGUACGAUCCGGCGCUGGUGCAGCCGAAGCGGCAUCGGGAGUUUCUGACCAAGACGGCGAAGUUUAAGGAGGUGAUUCCCAUCACAGACUCGGAGUUGCGGCAGAAAAUCCACCAGACCUACAGAGUUCAGUACAUCCAGGACAUAAUCCUGCCCACGCCGUCAGUGUUUGAAGAGAACUUCCUGUCCACCCUCACCUCCUUCAUCUUCUUCAACAAAGUGGAAAUUGUCAGUAUGUUGCAGGAGGAUGAGAAGUUCCUCACUGAGGUCUUUGCACAGCUUACAGAUGAAGCCACAGAAGAAAGUAAAAGAAGAGAAUUGGUGAACUUUGUCAAGGAAUUCUGUGCUUUUUCGCAAACAUUGCAGCCGCAAAACAGAGAUGCCUUCUAUAAAACUCUGGCAAAUCUAGGGAUUUUACCCGCUCUUGAAAUAGUCAUGGGAAUGGAUGACUUGCAGGUGCGAGCAGCAGCUAUUGACAUAUUCUCGUACCUGGUGGAGUUCAGCCCGUCGAUGGUCAGGGAGUUUGUCAUGCAGGAACCACAGCAAACAGAAGAUGACGUUCUCCUGAUAAAUGUUGUGAUCAAGCAGAUGAUUUGUGACUCUGAUCCAGAGUUGGGAGGGGCCGUCCAGCUUAUGGGUCUGCUCAGGACUCUAAUCGACCCUGAAAACAUGCUGGCUUCCACCAAUAAAACAGAGAAGACAGAAUUCCUGAGUUUCUUUUACAAGUACUGCAUGCAUGUCCUGACUGCUCCUCUUCUGGCCAACACUGCACAUGACAAAAACUCAAAAGAUCAUCCAGAAGGAUCUGCAAAGAUUAACCCAGUUUGUCCAGACAACUUCCAAACGGCUCAGCUGCUCGCACUGAUCCUGGAGCUGCUCACCUUCUGUGUGGAGCAUCACACCUACCAUAUCAAGACCUACAUUAUGAACAAAGACCUGCUCAGGAGAGUGCUGGUGCUCAUGAACUCAAAACACACCUUCCUUGCUCUUUGUGCGCUGCGUUUCAUGCGGAGAAUCAUUGGACUAAAAGACGAGUACUAUAACCGCUACAUUAUCAAAGGGAACCUAUUUGAACCCGUCAUCAAUGCCCUGCUGGACAACGGCACCCGAUACAACCUUCUCAACUCGGCCAUCAUCGAGCUCUUCGAGUUCAUCAAAGUGGAGGACGUCAAAUCUCUCAUAGCUCACAUCGUAGAUAAUUUCUACAAAGCACUUGAAUCCAUCGAGUACGUUCAGACUUUCAAGGGCCUGAAAGGCCGAUAUGAGCAGGAAAAAGACCGGCAGAGUCAGAAACUCAACAGGUAUCGUAGAGACGCGCGGUCUAUGGACGAGGACGAAGAGUUGUGGUUCAAUGACGAUGACGACGACGACGACGGUGAGGCGGUGGAGAGGAGGAUGGACGAGGAUUUCUCCGACAGCUACGAAAAGUUCAUGGAAGCCAAAAAAGGAGCAGCCAACGGAGCAAACGGUGCCAACAAUGGCAAGUCUGCCGCCAUCCCACCUGCCUCGCCAGCCGUCACGUCAAGCAACAGCUCGUCUGCGUCUGUCAAAACAGUUGCUCUUCCUGCCACUCCUGUUGUUAAGACUGCUCUUGUCGGGUUGGUGGACUACCCUGACGAUGAGGAUGAAGAGGAGGAAGACGAGGAGGAGCAGUCUCAGAGAAAGCGACCCCGUCUGAGCUCUUAAGGCUUAUAAUAGCUCUCUCUGGUACGGCCAUGGUGGACGGAUGUGGAGUCCUUCCCAUUCCCUCUUUUCCCUGGCCGUCUCAUUGGUCCUUGGCCUUCUGGCGCCACCCUGUGGUCCCUCAGAGGCAUCGCACUGAGCCAGACGAGCCUCCUGCCUUUCCUCAGUCCUGAACUCUGCUCCUUGUCCCUCUUUGGAAGGAGGUGGAGAGCUUCUCUGGAAAGACAUAUUGCAGUCUAUUUCUAUAGGCUGUCUUUUUCUUUCUUUUUUUUUUUUAACUUCCCCCUUUUAUUAUUAAACACAUAACUCUGUUUGGGAAAUCCAAAUCUCUUCCAUUUCUUUUUUUACCACGUUUUUUUUCCCUUUCCUUCACCAUUCAACUGUCAAAACAUGACAUGGCAACACCAGUU